AUGCCGGUCGAAAAUCUGGAAGAACAAGGUUUGGAGAAAAAUCCCAACCUGAACCUGUCGCAGUGCAAGUUUACGCUCGGCCUGCCCGAGGUUGCACAGGACAAAACGAUGACCGAGAAUCUGCUGGCCGCAAUCAAGGCGGAUAACAUGGCACCAUGGUACGUGGAGGUGUGCGCUGACCUGGGUUGGACGGUGGAUCAGAAGUUGCUGGCCGAGAUGAAGGAAACCAACCGGAAGAAACUGGAACAGCUGGACGCCGCCAUUGAGGAUGCGGAAAAGAAUCUCGGUGAGAUGGAGGUACGUGAGGCGAACCUUCGCAAAUCGGAGUAUCUGUGCCGCAUUGGCGAUAAGGAUGCGGCCAUAUAUGCGUUCCGCAAGACGUACGAAAAGACGGUUUCGCUUGGCCAUCGGCUCGAUAUCGUUUUCCACACCAUCCGGAUCGGGCUGUUCUAUCUGGACCACGAUCUGAUAACGCGCAACAUCGACAAGGCGAAGUAUUUGAUCGAAGAGGGUGGCGACUGGGACCGCCGGAACCGAUUGAAGGUGUACCAGGGUGCGUACUGUAUUGCAAUCCGCGAUUUUAAGGCGGCGGCCAACUUUUUCCUCGACACGGUCAGCACGUUCACCAGCUACGAGUUGAUGGAGUACGCGACGUUCGUGCGCUACACCGUGUACGUGGCCAUGAUCAGUCUGCCGCGCAACGAGCUGCGCGAUAAGGUUAUUAAGGGAGCGGAAAUUCAGGAGGUGCUUCAUCAAGCGCCCGAUGUGAGGGAAUAUCUGUUCUCGCUGUACAACUGUCAGUAUGCCGAUUUCUUCAAGCAUCUGGCCGGGGUUGAAUGGGUACUCCGGAAUGAUAUUCUGUUCCAUCCGCACUAUCGCUAUUAUGUGCGGGAAAUGCGCAUCCUGGCAUACACGCAGCUGCUGGAAUCGUACCAGUCACUGACGCUGCAGUACAUGGCGGAUGCGUUCGGGGUGAGCGUAGAUUACAUCGAUGCCGAACUGUCGCGCUUCAUAUCCGCCGGUCGACUGCACUGUCGGGUGGAUCGUGUCGGAGGCAUUGUGGAGACAAAUCGACCGGACAGUAAAAAUUGGCAGUAUCAGGCCACGAUCAAGCAGGGUGAUAUUCUACUGAACCGUGUGCAGAAACUCAGCCGGGUCAUUAAUAUCUAGACAUGCGGAACGGGUGAGAUUGUCGCUUAAUUUUG